AUGCCCAUUGUACCUAUGGGGAAUGGCCUGCUGCGUGCCUCGGCACGUAGCUCGGUCCUGGCAUGGAAUGCUGGAGCACGCACAUUUGCCACCUCUACAUCUGUGACAGCGGCCGUCAAAGCAGCACCGAAGAAGAAAGUAGCUGUGCGCCGCGGCGGCAUGACAGGCGAGCGCCGAACGGGUGGCCUGCGUAAGGGUGGUGUGGACACAUCGGGUCAGUUGACGAAGGCUACGCAGCACUACCAACGUGCAGCGGACAUGUCGGAUCUGAUGACGCUGAACGCUGGCGCCGUCGUCGAAGCGGAGGUGGGUGAGCCGCUGGCCUGGUCGAAGCGUACGCUAUCAGCGUUCGAAACGUUUGGCCUUCCGCGCGAACUGGCGCGCAAGCAAGCCACACAGCCCCGGCCUCGUACUGUGGUGCGUAGUGCCACACAGAGCUUGAUUCGCUCGUUGGAGGAGGCCAAGGAAGUGACGACGACCGUGCCACGCCGCAUGCUGGUGGGUGACCCAGGCUGUGGCAAGUCUACGUACCUACUCCAAGCGGUGGCCCACGCUUUGGAGUCCAAAUGGGUUGUCUUGUACGUGCCUCGGGCGGUUGAUUGGAUCAACUCUUCGUCGCCGUACUUGUACUCGUCUCAGCUUGGCACGUACUUGCAGCCAGAGUUGGCACAGGCAAUGAUGCAGUCUCUUCUUAAAGUGAAUGGCAGCCUCCUGAGCCACGUGAAAGGAGCCGCCCUGCGUCUCUCUGAAUCGCAUGUGUGGGAGGACCAGACACCACUUGACAAGGUGUUAAAGGAGGCUCUGCAGGAGAGUGUACCGCCGCAUAUUCGCCAGUUGGCUCUGGAGCAUGUAGUGCGGACACUCGCCAAGCAGACGCAAGUGCCGUUCCUGGUCGCUGUGGAUGAUGUCCAGGCCCUGUUUAGCACGUCCGAGUAUCGCGAUCCUGACUUUGCUCCCCUGCAGGCGUACGAGUUGGCAUUGCCUCGAGCCUUGCUCAACUUGUGCGUAGCCCCUGCGCCAGGAGAAGGUGUGCAGCGCGGCGCUGUGCUCACGGCUAUGAGCACGUCGCAUGCCUCGUUCCCUCCCUCGGCGGAGCUACUGACAGCGUUGCGUGAGGCGACGUCCAGCACCGAUGGAAGUGUGCCGUGGGACCGUCUGAUGCACAUGGUGCACUGCCGCCGCGCUGCUGCGCGUGUGCAGGAGCCAAAUGCGUACACGCCUUUGCAGGAUACCCACUUGGCACAUGCUCAAGCCGCGCAGUUUGCUGUGACGGAUGUGAGUUCCCCACUCGACCAAAAGGAGGCUGCCUCCAUUCUCCAACUGUUGCACCGGGAGCGUGCUAUUUGGACAAUCCCCAACGAUGAAGUAUUCAUGGCCAAGCUGGUGGAGAGCAACGGCAACAUGAAAGUGUUUGAACGUAGCCUGCGUACCUCGUUGAUGUAG